AUGGAGAUGGAAAUUAGGUGGUUGCUUGAAAAUGAAUGCUUGGAGGAAUCCGAGUUGCUCGAGUUAAUUGAUGAUAUUCAUCGUUUGGGACUCGGUUAUAAAUUCCAAAAGCACACUGAAAAAGCCAUCAGCAGUUUACUGAUUUCAAUUCCGUCUCGACAAGCCAACCACAAAAUCUUUCAUGAUUUGCAUGAUUGCGCUCUCUCUUUCAGGCUUGCUCGACAACUCGGCUUCAGUAUUUCAGCAGACAUAUUUGAGAGGUUCAAGGAUUCCAAAGGAGAUUUCAAAGCAACGGUAGCUACAGAUAUUCGUGGAAUGUUAAGUUUGCAAGAAGCUUCUUAUCUGGGAUUUGAUGGGGAGAGUAUUUUGGAGGAGGCCAGAGAAUUUACAGGCUUCCACCUCAACAAAAUGAUGUUAAGCAUGGACACGAAAAGCGCAAUUCGAGUGAGCCAUGCUUUGGAACUUCCAUUUCACUAUCGAAUGCAAAGAUUGGAAGCCAGAUGGAACAUUGAGAUGUAUGAUGGAAAGAAUCAAUUACUACACAACUUAGCGAUAAUGGAUUUCAACAUGGUGCAAUCAAUACACCAACAAGAACUGCAACAGGUGUCCAGGUGGUGGAGAGAGAUGGGCCUGGCAAAUAAACUAAGUUUUGCAAGAAACAGACUAAUGGAAAGCUUCAUGUGGACAAUUGGAAUGGUUCCUCAACCUCAAUUUGGGAAAUGUCGUGUUGGACUAACAAAAGUGGUCCAGCUAAUUACUGUUUUAGAUGAUAUUUAUGAUGUUUAUGCUUCUCCUCAGGACCUUCAACUGCUAACAAAUGCUGUACACAAAUGGGAUGUCAAUUAUGUGGAUCAUCUCCCAGACUACAUGAAAAUGUUCUUCUUGGCUCUCUACAACACGGUCAACGAGCUGGCUUAUGAUACCUUGAAGGAACACGAUCAAGUCGUGAUUUCUCAACUUAAACAAGUGUGGGCGGAUUUAUGCGACACAUUCUUAAAAGAAGCAAAGUGGAGACACAACAAUCACAUUCCCAAGUUUGAUGAGUAUCUAAAUCAUGGAUGGGUUUCAUCUUCAGGGGCUGUACUGUUAACUCAUGCCUACUUCUUAGUCACUCACAAUGUUACAGAUGAAGCCACCAAAUAUAUCAGUGUUUAUGGCAACAAUUUGAUGCGUUCUCCAUGUACAAUCUUCCGGUUGGCAAAUGAUCUAAGUUCCUCCCAGGAAGAUGGAGAAAGAGGAGAGGUUGCGAAAGCAGUGUCGUGUUAUAUGCACGAAACCGGCUCGCUUGUUGAAGAUGCUCGUGUACAUAUAAGGAAACUAAUAGAUCAGAACUGGAAACAGAUGAACAAACAAAUAUCAUAUUAUAUUAUAAAUCAAAAUGCACAAAUGUACGAAUACACAGCAGCCAACGACUGA